CCCGGCCUGGACGCGGUCACGUCGGGUACUUGGAGAGCGCCUGGCCGCCAGGCUGCCUGUGCCCGGCCUCCAGAGCACCCCCGUACCCACCAUGACUGGGUUGCUGAAGAGGAAGUUUGACCAGUUGGAAGAGGAUGACUCCUCAUUCUGCUCAUCCUCGUCGUCUUUGUCCUCCUCGGGCCACCACUCUGGCUCCUGCUCCCCAAGCUCUUCGGUCUCCCCAGCCUGGGACUUGGAAGAGGAGGGCCCAUGGGAUCAGAUGCUUCUGCCUGACCGAAACGUCUGUGGCCCCCAAAGUUUCACCCCCCUGUCCAUCCUGAAGCGGGCUCCCCGGAAGCGCCCAGGCCGCGUAGCCUUUGAUGGCAUCACUGUCUUCUACUUCCCUCGGUGCCAGGGCUUCACCAGUGUGCCCAGUCGUGGUGGCUGCACGCUGGGGAUGGCCCCUCGCCACAGUGCCUGCCGCCGCUUCUCUUUGGCUGAGUUUGCACAGGAGCAAGCCCGGGCACGGCACGAGAGACUCCGCCUACGCUUGAAGGAGGAGAAGCUGGAGGUGCUUCGAUGGAAGCUUACAGAGGCUGGGGUACCUGAGACGGAGGCUGGCCUGCCACUGACGGUGGACGCCAUUGACGACGCCUCCGUGGAUGAGGAGCUGGCAGUGGCUGUGGCAGGUGGCCGGUUGGAGGAAAUGACCGCCCUACAGCCCUACCCAGCCCGGAAGCGGAGGGCUCUGCUGCGUGCUGCUGGCGUGCGGAAGAUCGAUCGAGAGGAGAAACGGGAGCUGCAGGCUCUGCGCCAGUCCCGGGAGGAUUGUGGCUGUCACUGCGACAGGGUCUGUGACCCCGAGACCUGCAGCUGCAGCCUGGCGGGCAUCAAAUGCCAGAUGGACCACACAGCGUUCCCCUGUGGCUGCUGCAAGGAGGGCUGUGAGAACCCCAAGGGCCGCGUGGAGUUCAAUCAGGCGCGGGUUCAGACCCAUUUCAUCCACACGCUCACCCGCCUGCAGCUGGAGCAGGGGGCGGAGAGCCUCGGGGAGCUGGAGGCCCCUGCUCAGGGAGGCCCACCCAGCCCUGGUGGGCAGGUCCUGACCCCCACUUUCCCACUGGCCAAGCCCCCCGGGAGCAGUGAGCUGGGAGACCACAGCUGCAGCAGCGACAUGACUGAUUCCUCCACAGCAUCAGGCACCAGCGAGCCCUCGGAAGGCCCUGCCCACCCCGCCCUGCCUGGCCCUGGCUUCCAGCCUAGUGUGGAUGAUGACAGCCUGGAGCGGAUCCUGAGUUUCAGUGACUCUGACCUGGGUGGGGAGGAGGAGGAGGAGGAGGAAGGGGGUGUGGGGAACCUCGACAACCUCAGCUGCUUCCACCUAGCCGACAUCUUCGGGACUGGUGACCCUGGUGGCCUGGCCGGCUGGACCCACUAUUCCAGCUCCAGCCUCACGUCAGGCAUUCUGGAUGAGAAUGCCAACCUGGAUACCAGCUGCUUCCUAAACAGUGGCCUCGAAGGGUUGGGAGAGAGCAGCCUCCCAGGCACCUCGUUGCCGCCCAGCAUGGAUGCUGGCCAGAGCAGCUCAGUGGACCUCAGCUUGUCUUCCUGUGACUCCUUUGAGCUGCUCCAGGCCCUGCCAGACUACAGUCUGGGGCCUCACUACACCUCUCGGAAGGUGUCUGACAGCCUGGACAACCUUGAGGCCUUACCUGCCUUUUCCCCGCCUGGGGACACCAGCAUCUGCUUCUUGGAGUCCAUCAUGGGUUUUUCUGAGCCGGCUGCCGAGGGCCUGGCUCCCUUCAUGGACAGUCAGUUGUUCGAGGACACUGCCCCAGCGUCACUGGUGGAGCCUGUACCUGUGUGAGGACUAGGGUGCCUUUUCCCAGCCCCGAAAGCCCUGUUGCUGCUGUGUCAUAAUUUCGGGGCUCCCCGGGGUCUGUAUGUGACCACCUCACAUUGGCUGGCUUACCCAGUUGGGCACUCCUACUUCUCAUGCAACACUCUGGAUGGAUUUAUUAUUUAUUUUUGUAGCUUUCUGUGCUGAGGAGAGGGUAGGAGGGGCUCCCCCCUCAGCCACCAGCCCUGGUGCCCACCGUUUCUUCCACUCCCAUGCGCAUGCCUGGGAGAAGAGGGCAUGGUGUUUCUUAGCCCAUAGACAGUGAGACGGGGCUGGAAACAUCUCUUCCGGCUUCUGCCACUCUGAGCCCUAGCCUCCCGGGUGGCUGAAUCCUCUGGACUGUGAAGACUGUAAUUUAUUUCCAUAAUUUAUUUGGAGACUAGGUGGUUUAGGCUUCUCAUCCCUGGCUGGUAGGCAAGACUGAGGUCAGGGUGGGACACAGACCCCAUGAGUCCCUUUUGCCUUGUAGUCCUGCAGCCCUCCCUGCCUGGUCUUAGGUGUGGACCAGAUGUGGAUUCAAGUCCUGUCUGCUGUGGCAGCUGCCUGGCUCUGCAUGGCUGAGCAGGUGGAGGCUAGCCCAGGACAGUGUCUAGGCAGGGGAGGGACUGGGCUGCCCAACCAUGACCAAAACCUGUCCCACUGAGUCCCCUCCACUUCCUGUCCUCUGCCCCGUCUCUCCCCUCCCCUCCCCUCCGAGGGCCAUAGACUGGUCCCUGUCCAUCAGUGUAGGAAGGAGAAGCAGGAAGCCUAGAGAGGGCAAGGGGCUUGCCUCAGGGCCCACAGCAUGCCCCUGAAGACUGUCUCAGGGCUUUCUGGGCACUGCACUCCUGCCUGGCCACCUGCCUGUGCCCUUGGCCAGGGCAAGGCGUGGCACCUUAUGGCUUUUAUGCCUGUUUGCUGAUGUUGAAUUUUGCAUCCUAAUUUCUAUAUCGCCCCGGACUAUUAGAACUAUAAUUUAUUCAUUUUUCUCUGUGUCUGUGCCAAGGAGCCCAGGCUCUGGGCCUGCCUUCUUACCCGGGAGGCCUGAGCAGCCUGCGUGCUUGUGGGAACACCUUAUACCUGGACUUACAGGUGCCAAUAAAAAGGCUCUAUUUUUAAUGGUGUGGUCUAUGUGGGACGGCGGGGAGCACACGUACACCCUCCGGAGGCUGGGGAGGGGAGGGGAGACGGGCCCUACAGGGCAGUGUGGCUUCUGAGGC